UACACAGCUAGAGCUAUAAGUGCUUGAGGAAGUGCUCCGCGUUCUAAAGCAAACAACUAAAGAUUCCGCAGAUUCACCGGACAGCUCGCUUGGACCGCCUUGCUUCUUCUGGAUUCACAUCUGGUUAUCCCGAAACAAACUGCUGAUCUUCACCGAGAGAAGAAACAACUCUAGAAGCUUUGCAAAUCCCUAGACAUUCAUCAUCAGCAAUGAAAGCCAUCAGCCCAGUGAGAUCCAUGGCCAGCUGCUACCAGGCAGUGUGUUGCUUGUCAGAGCAGAGCCUCAGCAUUGCAAGGAGCAAGGGCCCAGGUGGGGAAGAACCCAUGGGGCUCCUCUAUGAUAUGAAUGACUGUUAUUCCAAGUUGAGGGAGUUGGUGCCAGGAAUCCCCCAGGGAAGCAAACUUAGCCAGGUGGAGAUUCUACAACAUGUCAUUGAUUACAUCUUCGAUCUACAGAUAGUUCUGGGUGAAGAAGAACAGAGUGUGAGCAGCAGCAUCCUCUCCCUACAGAAAUCUGAUUUUUCAGAAUUGGCAACACAAGGGGACACCAGAAUUUGUCAUUGAUUCCGGCUCUGUAUUCUACGGUGUGGGAAGCUUGAGGAAAAAAAAAUCCUUUUCCAUGAAACAAACCAAAUCUUCUCACAAGACCGAUUAACCCUUCAUGACCCAGCUAGCUAAAGAAUAAACAGAACAUAUUUCAAAGGACUUAUUUUUAUAAUAAAUCAAGCUAUUCAAUGUUAUUUUCAGGACUUGUUAGUAGCAUUUGUAAGAAUUCUGGAGAAAAAAAUCCAGUAAAAUCAUGUUUUAUAUUUUUAUGAACCCAUUGGGGUAUAUCAAGUUUGAUAUUUCUUGCACAAUACUGUUUUAAUAUUGUGACAUUCCCAUAGACAUCUGAAAUUUGGACCAAAAACAAUAUCUACACUCAGCCAUAGCUGUAAUAUGUUCUAUAAUGUUAUCAACUUGAAUUUUUGUACUAAAUUUUCAAUAUUUUGUUAACAUUCUUUCUAUGAAUUAUAUUUUUGUAUAAAAAAAAAUGCAUUUUGUCUUGGGGGAGUGAUAUUCCCUGUUGUUGUAUGGACAUAAUAGCCUUAAUCUGUGGCACAUGCCCCAGUGUAUUCCACUCUCUAAAGUAGAGAUAUUUUGUUGGAACUGCAUAGUUUCUGAAUUGAACAAAAAACUUUUUAUAAAAGUUGUAUUUGAUUAUGUAAAUAAAUAUUAUUUUUAAUUAAA